AAACUCCUCACUCUUUUCCAAGUUUUCUCUUCUUUUUCUUUAAACCACCAAAGUUUCUCUCUUUCUCUCUCCUCUUUUUCAUCUACAAAAAUUCAGCACAUCCGUGGGCAGUUUCACAGGAAAACACAAAAAUUAAAACAAAUAAAAAGCUAACAACUGAAAGUGGAUAAACUCACACCUGCGAAAUUUAUGGGUUACUGAAAAAACCCACCAACCAAAUUUUAAGAGAGAGAAACCAAAAACAACAAAAAUAAAAAUACAAGUAGUAGUAGUAAUAAUGUUAAUGAGUGUUUCUUUUUAUUGGGAUCAGGAAAACUAAAUUCUGCAACUGAACAACAGCAGCAAAAACUCAGAAGAGAAGAGUUUUUAUUUUGGUUUUUGCAGAUUUUUUCAGUACUAAUACUAGUAGUAAAGCUCAAAAAUUUUCUCUCACAUGGGUGUUUGUAAUUGUAUUACAUGUGAAUUUAGGUGGUCCAAAAAAAUGAUUCUUUGAUCUUGGUUGAUUAAAUUAGAAAGAGUAACAAAUUAAAGUUUUGAUCUUUCAAUCAAAGCAACCAUUUUUUUUGGUUUUAUUCAGCUGAAUUUGUCCUCUCAUUUUGGCUGUUUCUUGGGUUGUUGAAAGAUUCAAUCUUUUUUGAUCUUGAGCUUGAUUUUAUUGUGAUUUUUGAGGGAGAAAAAAAAGGAGCUUUUUUUCCAUCUCAAAAAAAAAAAAAGUUGAGAAAAGAUCAUAUUUUUUGGGGUGUAAACAUCUGUAAUUUCCCAAGAUUGCUUCUUUGUUCAAGGUAAUGCUGAGGAAAAGAUCUAGACCAGUGACAAGUACACAAGGAAUAGUUGGUGAUCAUAGCAACAAUUCAUGGAUUUCUCCUGAAAAAUCAACAAAACCCACUUCAUAUUUCUUCAAUUCUCCAAAAUUUUUCAAGUGUUUCUUCACUUCUUCUUCUACUUCAUCAUCAGCUCCUUCUUCUACUGUGAAUGAUCCAAUAAUGAGUCCUACUUCAAUUCUUGAUACAAAGGCAUUUUCUGCUUUUGCCAACUCUUUUUGGGUUGUUGACAACAAAUCCUUCAACAACAACAACAAAAACCCAAAAACUUUGUCUACAAACUCACAACACUCAUGGGAACAACCAAACAACACAAAGGGAAUUGGCCUUGCUCUCAUUGAUGAAACCAACAACAGCAACAACAAUAUCAUCAACAAUAACAACAACAUCAACAACACCAACAACUCAGAAACCAGCAACACAACAACUUUCAAACAACAGAAAAGAAAACUUGUUGUUUUUGGUUCUCAACUCAAAAUCCAAGUACCUCCUUUGCCUCCUUCCUCUGUUUUCCCCUGUUUUUCACCUGAAUCACCUAGAGAAUUUGGUAUUAAAACUCCAAAAAACAAUUUAUGGCCUUUUGGAAACAAGGAUUCCCAAGUUCAUCCUGAAGAAUUCCCUACUAAUAAAAUGAUUCCAGGGAAUGAUAACCUUUCCUUGAGUGACAUGGAAUUAUCUGAAGAUUAUACUUGUGUUAUAUCUCAUGGUCCUAACCCUAAAACCACCCACAUAUUUGGGAAUUGCAUUGUUGAAAGUUGUUGUGGUGUUGUUGGGUCUUCUUCAUUUUCAGCAAACAGAAAUGGGUAUUUGUCCAAUUUUGGGAAUUCAAUUCCUUCACAAGAUAAUUUCCUUAGGUUUUGCAACCAUUGUAAGAAGAAGCUUGGUGAGGGAAAGGACAUUUACAUGUACAGAGGAGAAAAGGCCUUUUGUAGUCAAGAAUGCCGCUGCCAAGAAAUGCUUUUAGAUGGAGUGGACAACUAGAAGUUUAUUCUCAAAGAACUUCAAACCAAAAUUAGCUACCUUAAAAAAAAAAACCACCCAAUUUUCCUACUAUUUUUUAUUAUAUAAUGACCUAGUUGUAAGUUGUAACCUUUUUUUUUGUAUUUUGUGUAUCUCUAUUGUCUCUUAAUUAGAAAUUUUGUUUAAUUAUCAAGAAGAGAAAGAGAGAGAGAGAAGAAGAGAGAUGCUGAGGUAUGAUAAUUAAUGUGAAGGAAAAGUGUAGAGUUGAUUUUCUCAUGAAAGUGAUGACUUAAUUUUGAUUCUCAA